AUGCGCCGCCCUAGCGGUGGCCACGCGAGCUAUCCACCAUGCAGGAAUCGCCCAACCGACAACUCGCGAAACUCUCGUUGCCGUCUUAUAUCGGCGUCCGCCUCUGCUGCCCUCCUCCCUCCUCCAAACCCGAACCCGAACCCGAACCCGAUACCAAACUCUCAGUCGUCGAGUGAGGAGAAAAACAAUGGUUAUGUUGCAAGCGUUACUGCCAAUGUUAGUAAUGUGGAGGGUUAUCGGGUCGGGUUGCAAUCGGGCGAGGCCCGAAAGAAGAGGUUUCGGACAAAGUUUAGCCCGGAGCAGAAGGAGAAGAUGAGGGCAUUCGCGGGUCGGGUCGGGUGGAGAAUCCACAAGAAGGAUGAGGGGGAAAUGGAGAGGUUUUGUAAUGAGAUUGGAGUUAGUAGACAAGUGGUUAAGGUUUGGAUGCAUAAUAACAAGCAUUUGGUGACUAAGAAGCAGGAUGGUGAUGAUCAAGAGAGAGAGGUUAAGGUUGAAGGUGAGCACCAAAAUCAAGUUGAUGGAGUUUGA